AUGUCUGAAGAAGGAAAUAAAUCUAGCUUGGAUAGCACUUCUCCUCAGCCAGAUAUGGAGGAAAUUUUGAAAUUCAUUGAGGACAGAUAUAUGCUUAUACCCAAGACUAAGCCCCCACAUAUUAAGGAUACUAUUCCGUCCACAUCUACCAUACCAACUGUGCCAUUUGAUAUUUCUGGUACAGGGGCACCAUUAUUUGCCAAUACAGGAGAUGAACCUUUACCUAAGGGUGAAGUUCCAUAUGUUGUUUGGAGAUAUGAAGUACAAUGUCUGUUGACAAAUCCGGAUUUAACAAGGUCUACUGUUCUCCAGAUUAUUAGGGGAUCAUUAAGGGGUACAGCUAGGAUCAUGACAGUACCAUUAGGUCAAAAUGCAACUGUCAAAGAAAUAUUAGGUAAACUUGAUGUUAUGUUUUCAGAGGCUUCAACUAAGGAAGAUUUGUUGACUCAAUUCUUUAACAGUAGACAAAAUCCCAAUGAGUCGGUAACUACAUAUGCAUGUAGGUUAGAAACCCUUUUACAGUCUAUUAUUGACAAAGGUCAACUCCCAGGCUUAGCAAGGAAUGACAUUUUGCGUCAUAAAUUUUGGACAGGUUUAUAUUCUGAUAUGCUGAAAUUUCAGACUAGGCAUAAGUAUGACUCUCUUGAUGACUACAAUUUGUUAGUUCGAGAGAUAAGGAAAGUAGAAAAAGAGACUUCUAUUAAUCCUACUCAAACGUCUUCUGUCCCAUCAACUAAGCAUACAAUAAAACAUACACCAUUGUCUGUUGAAUCUUCUUUUGAGCAACAACUGUCUGCUUUAGAAAAUAAGUUGGAUUCUAAAAUAACCAAUAUGGAAUCUAAACUUUCAUCUUUUAAAGAUACUAUUGAAGCAAAUAUAGAUUCCAAAUUUAACUUGAUACUUCAGAAAUUAGAAAAUCGAAGUUCUAAUUUCAGGUCAAGUUCACACAAUAAUUUUGGAACCAACAUAAAUAACAAAAGCAGGACUCAACAUAGUUCAAUUGUAGAGAAUCUUAUUGGACCUGCAAAUGAACACAGUGUUAUUGUAAAUGGAAAUACCUUCAAAUGUCUGCUUGAUUCAGGUUCUAUGGUUUCUACCAUUAGUCAGUCUGCAUUUGAGACUUUAAAUCCUAAGGCUACCUUAAAAGCUUUAGAUUCACUUGGACUUACUCUCUCUAUUGCAGAUGGUUCUUCAUUGAAAUAUUCAGGUUAUAUUGAAGCAACUGUAUGUGUUCCAUUUUUAUCUUCUUUUAACCUUGACAUUCCUAUUCUGGUAAUACCAGACAAUGAUUUUAAUAUUUCUUGUCCAAUAAUUAUUGGAACAAAUGUACUUCGCCGUUGUAAAAUGUUUGUGAAGGAAGUACCUGAGGAAUUAUCUAUUCCUGAACAGUGGCAAAUGGCUAUGGAUAGUAUUGACUCUCAUACUUACCCUGUAAAGGUGUGUGGAAAGAAAAAGUGUAAAAAUACCUCCAUUUGA